GGAGGGCUGAUUGGAACUUUUGGUCCGCCAAUCACCAUGGACAGAGGAGGAGCUUGAGGAAAGCGCUUCUUACGCACGUGUUUGCAGACUUACCUGAGGGUCCCAGGCGUGAGUCCGCAGCAGCUACAAAGGUCACAGGUUGAAUAGGAGCAUGCCACACUUUAGACGAACCCUGCACCCCUGAGUCUGUACUUGAAGAGCCACCCUGACCUACAGCCGACUGAGAUAGUGAGACCUCUCUGGGCAGCACAGCACCUGGGCCACUCAGCAGUGAGUUCAUGGAGGCCCUGAGAAGGGUCCGUCCACAAAGAAAUAUGUUUGAAGUUUGGCUCCAGAAUCACCUUGUGGGAAAAAGGAAGAAGGUCACUGCUGUUCCUGAGACCCUGAGGAUGCGGUUCCUGUUAACCCCACAGGAUCCUCUGUGACUCAUUCGAGGCUGACAUGACAACCUUCACACUCCCCCUGAAGUCCUGCCUUCCCUCUGCCGUGAGGAAUUUGAUUCUACAGAAGAAGACAAACAUCAGAAACGUGUCCAGCACAGCUGGGGAUGACCAGCCAGCCAGCGUGGUGGGGUCCCCCAGGUCCCUUGCUCUGGCCUUUGGAAAGAUCUGCCAGGCCAACAAUGGCCCUCUGCCCCUUCAGGGCCAAAGCAAGCCAGGUAAGUGGACUUUGCCCACCCUGGGCGCCAUCCUAGGCCCCAGGACGGGCUGUCCCCAGUUCUGGAAGUACAUGUUCGGCGCCUGCACUGGCAGUCUGACCUCACUGAAGGACGCGGUGGCCUUCCUGCUGGGUGGCAGCUUCUCUCUGAAAGGGGCCUUGGAGAAGGCGGGGCUCUCCAGAGGAGAUGCAGCAGCUACAACCACAUGGGCGCCUGCAAGGUCCUCAGUGUCUCAUAAGCCCCGCUACGGGGUCCAGAAACCGUCCAGGGGAGAAAAAACAACACCACCAGUGACAGUCACACGGGUCGUCCUGGGUGGCUUCUCCGGAGGCAGGAGGCAUGAGCAGGGCCCAGGUGCUCAGGGCUUCGACCUGGGCCGAUUCUGUUUUUUAGAAACAAAAACAAAAACACGAAAAGAGUUUUCACUUGAUUUCUCGGCAGAGAGCUGGGCCUUGCGCCACAUCACUGGCCUUUGCCGCCCCCUGGUGGUCAUAGUGAGGCAUGUUCCCAAGGACAAGCUGGAAAGGCUGGUGCAGGCCAGUUGCUCAGUGCGGGUGGUGCAAGGACAACCAAUUCACAUCCAUGACCCAGAACCAUUGUGCAUCAAAGAUCUUUCCAGAUCUGACUUCAGGGAGCCUGUGGUGUGUCAGCCCCGGGAUGUUCCAGUGUUCUGGCCUUCUCGGCUGAUCAGACUCCAAGCUGUCAGCGGCUGCAGUACGUCUGGGUUUAAGGGGCCAGUUACUCUGACCUGGGAUGGAAUCAGGUCCAUCUCUACUGUAUACACGCUCCCGCACAUCCGCGCGGGAAAUAUCCUCCCGCGCGGUGGGUGGUCUCAGCCCUCUCCCGCCGCCGCCGGCCAGGGGGUCGCCUUGCAGAGGAGAUCUCACUGCUGCCCGGCCCCAGCCCGCCUUAGCGCUUCAGUCCUGACCUGCAAUAGCGUCAGCUCUGAUAACAAUCAUAUGAGCCAUUAUCCUUACUUUAGAGUUGAGGAAACAAGUUUAGCGAGGAUAACGUCACAUCUCAAGCUCAAUGACUGGGCUCAGUCCCUCCUGUUGUGUGCCUUGGAGACCCUGCUGGCUUUCACCAGCUCAGGGGAUGGCGCAGUUGUGAAUGAAGGGUACAGUGGCCCUGGCCAAUGCCUCACCCCUGAGGGAACACCAGAGGUCCAUCACAUUUCCCAGGAUCCUCUGCACUACAGCCUGGCAUCAGCUUCAGCUGCUCAGAAGGUCAGCGAUCAAAAGACGAUAAUUGCCAUCGACCCAGGCAGCCAGGGCAUCUGGCACCUGCUCUGUCAAGGUGAGCUGCUGUCACUGUCCCAUGCCUGCUCAGUGAACAGGACUGACAGCCGUCCUGCCCUCACUGACUGUGAUUCUAAUGGACAAAGUAUUAUUCUGCAGGCUUACCUAACAAAGUAUUCUACAGGGAGACAUUCAGUAGCAGUAAUGGUUACUUUCCAAAGGAGCUUUCAACAAGCCAACGUGAACGCCCCCAGCGCUGGGGCUGGUGGCUCCACCCUUGGCCCUUGCUCUCAAGGUGUUCUGAAGACAUGGAUCCCAAUAUUAACUUAAGGUGGAUCAGUGGGAGCUGGCCAGAUGUUUCUAUGCAGAGAUGGGGACCCCAAGUCACCCAGGUUCGACCAUCUGGUGGCCAUCGAGCUCCCGGGAAGGGCUGUGCGUGGCAAUUACUACAAGCGGGAGAUGAAGAUCCAGCCCUUGGUGGACCCUGUGGGUAAUCCUUUCAGAUCACAGAGGAUUCCUGGAAUCUCGUCGAGUGGGGUCAGUGACAAAGGCAAUGAGCUUGGAAUGGGCAAAGUUAAGGAGGCUGCCAAGAGGCACUUAGGAAAUGAGGACAUCACCGCCUAUGACGUGCAGCUGACUUUUGGUCACUGACGGUGAGUGCUCAGAUGGCCAAUCAGUCAGGAAAGGCUGCUCAGGUGGACGGACCUGACUUGAAGUCUGUCCAGCCAGAAACUCGUCUCCUCUGUGAGUGGAGUCUAGAGGCCACCAGGGCAAAAAAAGGAUCUGGUUCUUAGCCUCUGGCCUCUCAUUCAGUCAUUCAACAAACAUUUACUGCGUGCCAGGCAUUGCUCUGUGUACUGAGGUUCGAACAACAAGGGCCCUGCUCCACAGAGCUCCUGCUCAGGCUCUGGGAGCUGGACAAUGAGCCCUAACAAAUAAAUACACCAGAUCAUGCUAAACAGUAGUGAGAGCUACAAGCAGAUGAGAGAGAGUGACAGGCAGGCCACUUUAGAUCAGGGGGGUCACCUCUGCUUUUACCUGUGUCUCCUGUAGGGUGGAAAGGAAGAGAACAAUCUGGCAAAUUUGUGGAGCAUGCAAGAGGCUUCCCACUCUUCUUUCACUUACCUCUGCCCAGGCCGCCCGGCCCCUCUGUGCAGCCGCCCUUCCCAUCAGCACCAACCUUUCCUGUGUCUAGGUCCUUUAGCCCCACCCUUCUUCCCUUGACUAUACCACAAGUUUCAGGAAUUUUUUUUUUUUUUUUUAGCUUUUUAGAGCC